GGAGCAGGAGACCAUUCUCAUCAAAGAUCUCACUGUCGAAAGUGCUCGCCAAUUGAUCUCGAAUGCAAGGAAGACACCGCCGACAGAAGACAGCGCCGGAACUCUAGUAUCACCUAGUCAAGGCCCGACCACUCGCGCAACACAAGAUGCUGGAGCUCUCGAAGCUGUGUCGCGUUCAUCCGGGAGGAAGAGCACACAGGUAGCAUCUCAAGUCAGAGGAACAGGAACUGCAGCAAAGAAGAGUGAAGAUGUUCAGGAG